AUGGCCACUAUCGAUGUUACGGAAAUUUUAAAAGCCUCAACAACUUCAUACCAGCCAGCCAAGAAGAAAUCGCGAUUCGACGCACCGCCUCAAUCAUCAUCGUCGGCAGCUUCAUCUUCUGGUCAGCCACGACCAGAAGAUAUUCUGGCAGCUCUCGAAAACGAUGAUUCGGCGAAUUUUGUGGCACUCGAUGAAAAUCAAGUCAAAAAAUUGGUGGGACAGCUCGAAAAAAAGAUUCUCAAGAAUCGAGAAAUGCGCGUCAAAAAUCCGGAUGAUCCCAAAAAAUUUAUGGACUCGGAAAUCGAAUUGGACACUGCGAUUCAAGAAAUGCAUUCCCUAGCCACUCAGCCUGAUUUAUAUUCGGUGUUCGUCGAAGCUAAUGGAGUCGAGCUUCUUCUUCAACUUCUUGGACACGAGAAUACGGAUAUUAUUUGCGCUACUUUGAAUUUGCUACAGGAAUUGACUGAUGUCGAUAUUUUGAAUGAGGGAGAGGAUGGAGCUAAUCAAUUAAUCGAAAGCCUAUCAAAGGGUGCAAUUAUCACCACAUUCGUAUCUUGCUUUGAACGUCUUGAUGAAAAUAACAAAGAUGAAGCUGACGGAGUCCAUAAUGCGCUAAGCGUUGUCGAAAAUAUGAUCGAGUUUCGCGACGAAAUUAUCGAAGACUGUGUUAAACAGGGACUCGUCAUUUGGAUGCUUAAACGGUGUUUCCAGAAAAGCCCAUUUGACGCCAACAAAAUGUAUGCAUCGGAGCUUCUUUCGAUGAUUCUUCAGCAAUCGGACACGGCCAAGGCGAAAAUGACAGAGAAAAUUGAUGGAAUCGAUUUGCUUUUGAGAGCAAUUGCGGUGUACAAGAAAAACGAUCCGGCGAGUAUUGAUGAGCGCGAAUAUAUGGAAAAUCUGUUCAAUGCGCUUUGCGCGGCUCUGAUGUGGCCGGCGAAUAGAAAAAAAUUCCUCGAUGGUGAAGGACUUCAAUUGAUGAAUCUGAUGCUCCGCGAGAAAAAGCAAUCACGGCAGAGUGCUUUGAAGGUUCUCGAUCACGCGACGACAGGAGUCGAAGGGAUUGAGAAUUGCAACAAACUUGUUGAAAUGCUCGGUCUUCGCACGAUAUUCCCAUUGUUCAUGCGAACUCCGUCAAAAGUCAAAAGAAAGGAUACGACUCCGGAUGAGCACGAGGAGCAUGUGUGCACGAUUCUGUCGUCGUUGCUGGCGUCUUGCAACGAUACUCAUCGCGAGAGGAUCGUUUUCAAAUUUGUCGAGCACGAACACGAAAAGGUCGACAGAGCUGUGGAGUUGUUCUUGAAAUACAAAGAAAAAAUGCAGAGAUUUGAGCUGAAGAAGAAGAAAGAGGCGAGAACAUCAGAAGACGACGAUCCAGAUAGUCUGUACCUUGAAAGACUCGAUCAUGGACUGUUCACUCUUCAAAGAUUGGCUCUCAUUAUCGCCGAUGUCACGGUUUGUGUGAGUUCGGCGAGACAACGAGCGCAAAAAUUGUUCGCGAUGAAAAUGAGCGAUGGCAAAUUGAGCGAAAUGCUCCUUCCGAUUCUCGAGGAAUACGUCGACAAUCUUGGGGAAGAAGCGGUUGACGAGCGUCGACGAGUCAACGAACUAAUCAAAGCCGUCGAGAAAUUCGAAUAA